CCAAAUCGAUCUUCGUUCGCAGUUAAGUCGGCCGGUCAAGGCCGUUAGUUGAAACACUUUCCUCAAUUAAAGCCCUCUAGUUCUUUUUUUUAAACCAGAGAGUAGCAGGCACGUCGCAUACCUUAAGUCUUCGCGCGCACGAAGCGCCGGUCUGACUGACCCGGUUAUUGCGGGGGCAAUUUUUUAUCCGAUUCCGUAUCGUUAAUAUUAAUGUUACUUCUGGAAAAUUCACUUUAAAUCGGGAUAUUCGGACUUGCACGCGCGAACAUGACUCCGCGCUAAAGCAGAAUUAAUUAUAAUAUCUGAUCACAGGGAUAUAUAUUUUACGAUGCAUAAUGAAAAAGCCAUUAAUACUGCAUACCGUAGCAGCUCUCCUGUCACGUGCAAUAAUAAUCAGUAUAUUUGAUAAAUUUAUUCCAUCGAUAUUCCAUUCCGUCGUUUUAUUAUUUCUCCCUGUCUGUUUUAAUCAAAUUUUCCGCAUUAUUAUUUGAAUAAUUUGCGAUAUUCCAUGUCGUCUCUUCGGCAAAUAUUAAUUUAUUUGCAGUACUGCAAUACACAUAUCUGAAUUAAUCCUCAUAGUAAUCCCUCUCUUUGUUCCAGAAAAUUGUAAACCGUAACCUUCUCCCGUCCCGCUGCGCACCACGUAAGCAGCACCCAUUAGUAACAUGACUUUGAUGUACAUACUCCUUGCAUAAUGCAGUCUCCAAGUAAACCUAAACGACGCAAUCAAUGACGGACUUUGUUGAACGAUAAAUCAGAUAUAACAAUUAUUAACAGAGGCAAGUUACAUUAUUCGAUUGUAUGCUCGAAAAGAUCGAUACCUUUAUAUUUUUAGCUAAAAUCCAUUAAUUUUUAACCGACUUUCAAUAUUCAAAGCAUACUCUCGUGAGUUUUGACAAUUUGAAUUUAUCUUCCUUUAUAAAUUUCAACAUGUAUUUAAAAAAAACAACUUAAUCUUCCUUGAAAAUUUCCUUCGCCGAUUUAAAUUUACCUCCCAUGCAAAUUUCGGCUCAUUGAUUCAUCCUUCCUACUCGUGUACCGCGUGAACGUUAAUAUCAAUAUCCUUUUCCAGCGCAGGAUCUCUUCAUCCUUCCUCGACCAGACCCAUGUUUAUUACUAUCAAGAAUUGGAUUUUAUGAGCAGGGAAAAAAAGGGAGGAAAGCUCUCGUGCGGGUCGGCGUCGCAAACGUCAAAGCGUCGCUCGGCAGAUCAGUGAGCGUCGCGACGUCCGCGGCGCAGGUUGCACCGCCUCCUCUUCUUGCGGUUCGCCGAUAGUACGUAUCGGUGCGUCGAGUAGGACGCUGUCGCGACGGACACCGGUGAUACCGCAUGCAUGCGCGGCCACGAGGUGCCCUUUUCCCACGCUCACUGAGGUGCCGAGACUCCGGGCAAAUCCGGGCGAUUAUUAUGGAAUACUUGAGCGGCGGCUAAAUGGGGGCCGAUGGACAUUUUCGCGUGACCUUAUCCCUCAGGAGGGAACCGGACGCCGGUCCGGUCUACUGCAAGAUGGAGACGUCUGCGAGGUUCCGGCAGCUGAAGACGGUGAAGCUGAGCUGCGAGACGACCUACCGGCUCGACAUCAGCUUCAAGCCGCCGCAACUGCUGCAGUCCCUGAGCAUCGGCGGGAAACCGGUGGAGGCGAUCGAACGUGCGAGGAACGGCACGGCGUGCGCGUACAGCGCUUAUCACAGCACGAAAGAUAUCCAGGCGAGCGCGCGCGGUCAUCGGGAAGAUUUGCCGAUUGCCAUGCGAGUGCUCGGCUCCGGUCAUCUCUCCACGUGCUUGCAGAUCAAGUACUACCGGGCGGAUGAUCAGAGCCACUGCGAGUGGGGCGCCAGACUGCAUUGCAUCGAGCUCGACUGCUCCAGCGUCGAAGGACGUCUCGUCACGGUAGAUCGGGAGACCUACAGGAAGCUCGGCAUAGAAUCCUAACGAAGGCUAGCCUUCGUUAGGAUUCUAUGCUUCGCGAUUGUUAUCGGUUCGUUAUUUGGCGACGAGAAACCAGACGCCGCGCCGCGCCGCGCCGCAAUCGAUGUCCCUUGCACGCGAUCGGCCGACUACUUUACGCUAAACGGUGAAUGCAAACUGAAGCAGGGCCUAUCUUACAUCUAAACGAGCCUAGGGCCUAUUUUGGGACUCGUACUUUCUUCCCAGAAAGAUUUCUAAACAAAUAUUAAAUGAGAUAAUAUUGAUAAUAGCAAUAAUAAUCUUUGCACAUUUUUAUCUAAAUUUUAGAUUGCGAUAGCAAUGGUUUCGUUUAUUAAUAUAAGAAAUAAGAGCCUACAAAUUUUAUCUAUUUUCAAUCAUUCAAGGAGAGAUCUUGGAACGUUAAUCGAGGUGUCAGAUUACGCCUGUGUUUCUUACAUUUUCAUUAGAAUAAUUUCAAUCCGGUAUUAUGAAUAUAAAUCACAUAGAAAUUUCGCGGAAGUCUUAUCACGAUCGACGGAUAAUCGAUCGUUGCCAGCUGACAAACAACAUUGCGUUCAGUGAUGUGGAUUUAAGAGAAGUCAGGCGCAAAUUGAUUUGAAGAUAUGCACACAUUCUCUCUCUAUUUCGGAAGAUUGAAUCUUCCCAAAUCGAGAAAACUUCCCAAAUAAAAGGAAGUAUUGUUGCUUUUAGAAAUUAAUGACGGUUUAAACAUUGUAAUUUUAUACUCUGAGACUCCUGAAGAGACGUCUAUUCCUGUGCGUUAUUGUUUUCGGCCGAUAUUUUUCAGCCGCUCUUUAGCAAGGACCUGCUACUAAUUCAUGAAAGGAAAACAAACUGUAUACAAACACAACGAAAACGCAGCACUCGUAUUACGGCACCGUACUACAUACUAUGUAUUGAACGCGUGCAUAUAUGUCAUCGAUUGACGAUUAAUAUUUAAUUGUCUGGUGAAUCAAUCGCGAGGCAAUACGCCAGAAUAACGUGUAUUUUUAUUGAAACUAUCGAGAGAAAAGUAUAUCAGCGGCGCGAUGUCAGCUUUCGUAACUUUACGAUUGAAGUGCACUUUCGGUGUGCAUUAUCGCUUCGAUGUUAUUUUUCUCAUUUAUAACGAUUCCCGCCUCGUUCUUUUAUUUAUAUGUUUGCACUUUGUCAGAAAAUUCAAGAUCUUUAUAUAUUAAUCUUCGAGAAACUUCUCUCUUGUUAAAGCAAAGUCCGAUAAAUUUAAGAAAUGCGGGCGACUCGCGUAUAUAUAUAUAUAUAUAUAUAUAUAUAUAUAUAUAUAUAUAUAUAAACUAAUUGUAGAAGUAUUUUAAAAUAUAUCUCGCUAUGUAAUUCGACGCGCCUAAAUACUCGAAAAUUUUGGCAAUCAGCAAAGUGACCAAUCAACGCCUUUACGCUUACUGUAAUCGUUUCUACUCUCUCUUCUUAUUCAUGAAUGUAUAUACGUACCUGCAUUUUUAAUAUACGCAUACGUAUAUAUACGAGGUGGAAUCCAAAAGUAACGCAUACAUUUCAUGUCAUCAUCGUGAUUUUUGCUUGUGUUUGGAUUGCACGACGCAUAUAUGUAUAUGCAUACACAUAAAUAAAUAUCUUAUACUUUCUAAC